AGAUUGAUCCAAUCAAUAUCAAGAGUACCAUUGAUGUCACAAAUAGAUGCUUCAUCUGAAAUGAGGAGGGACAAUGAUCAAAACAAUGAUGCAUUCAAAUAUUGUCAUACAUUAUGUACAGUAGGACACAUGCCCAGAUAAGGAGUUGACAAUAAUUUUGAUGCAUAACAAAUUUUGGUCGGAUUAUGUUUUGUUUUGACAGACUGUUAUGUACCUAACUUUUUGAUAAACUUAUUGUAACAUGGGUAUAACCUUUUAGGAUAAAGUUUGGUGAUGGAUAGAAACAAAACCAUACAGAUUAAAGGAGAAUUCCUCUCAAUGAAAACAGAUAAUUUGAAUAAAAAGAUAAAAAUUAAACAAGCAUUAUAUAUGCUGAUAAUUUCUUUGAAAUUGGAUGUAAAAUAUGAAAGUUAUGAGAGAUAUAAAUUUUGCUUAUUUUUGUUACAAAAUAGCUAUAUACUGUAUACACAACAUAUGAUAUGCGUACGAGAGUAAAUGAUGUCACUCAUUUUCUUUUGCAUUUUAUUCUGUUUCUGUUUCAUUACAAUUUACAAUUUACAAUACUUCAAAUUUUGCAGAUUUGCUAAUAAGAGGCUUUUCAUCAAAUCAUAGUCUGUUAUGUCAAUGGCAAUCCUAUAUUUUAAGGGGGGGGAUUAAACUUUGUUUUGCGUUAAAGGAGAUUAGACGAUUUUAAUGAAAUACAAAAUGAAUAGCAAGUGGAUUACCUCGUCAGUUCCCUCAUUUACAUAAAAUAUAGAUUAGGAUGUUCAUAACUUAUUCAUGAAAAAGCUCCCAAAGUUUGAAGAUGUCAUUACUCAUUUUACAUGGGAUUUCGAUGUAAUUUUCAGCAUUAUGCUAGUUUGAUUUUUCUCUUUUCGUUAAAACAUACUGUUUUGGGGCAGAUUCCCCUUCAAGUAGUUAAAGUCUUAUAAGAUCUCUGAAUAACAUGCCUUCAAAGUCUUUUUCUCUGAGUCUCUCUUUCCUAUCAGUGUCCAUUUAUGGAGGGAGCCCUCUCUAGACCAAGGAAGGAAAGGCCGGGCCAAAUAAAACAAAAGCCUUCUUGCAUCCUGAUAAGGACCUCGAUGUCGAGGAUGAGAAGGGCCCGGACUAUCUCGGGGCUGAGCCAAUCGACCCCAACGAAGUCAACCUCAAGAACGACGAAUCCCGGACGGAGGAGGGGGACGACGAUGAGGCGUUGACCAAGAGUGCGCGGGAGACGCUAGCCCACGAGACGGAGCCAGGCUCUGCCAAGUACUCCCGGGAUCUCAACGGCAACGGGGAUGCGGAGUAUCCUGUGGGAGGAGGCGGUGGUACCAGCGGCGGUGGUGCGGGAGAGAUGAGGAGCAAGAUUCUCAACGGGAUGAAGAAGGUCAUGCAGAGCAUCAUGGGUUCCACGGAAGAAGAGAGCGAGAGGCUCCUGGUCCAGCUUGCCAAGGAUCCAAACUCGGUGGAUGCCAAGGAGAAGAUCAGGGAGGCCAUCGAGAAAAUGAUGUCCACCGAGAACGCCGACAAAGCCCUCCCUCGGGAACAGCUGAAGAUGAUGAUGAAGGGUUUGACCCAAGGGCUGCUGGUGGAUGAUGCUCCUGCGAAAGAUGGAGCGGACAGGAAGGAGAACUUUGACCCCGAGGCGGUGGGGAAGGAGGAGAAGGUGUUGGUGUUUCCGAGUGAAUUAGAAGGGAGGUUGCUCGAUGAUAAGGAUUAUGAGCCGAUGAAGGGGCUGGAUCGGAAGGAGUACUUUGAUUGGGUUAACCCUCCAGGAUUUGAGGCUGGCGCUCCUGGGUCACCUGAAGCAGAUGAGGAGCAAGAGGAGGAGGUCGAUGAUGUUGACAUUGGUUACCAUGCCGAUAAUGACAAAGAUGAUGAAAACCUCGCUGACAGAGAAUAUUAUCCCUCUGAUGAAAAUGCUGGUAACCAUGAUGAUGUAAAGGAGGAUUUCUGCUUGCCUGGGAAAGACUGCAAAAACACUGGCAACCAUCAAACACAAUACUAUGAAAAACUUCACACAGAUUCUGAUCAAUCAGAAACGAAACAUGAAUUUGGGGGACGCGAAUCGGAGGUUGAUCAUAACCAUGGCAACGAGAAUACUCUGGAAGAUGAUGGAGAAGUGACGGAAGAAGAUGACGAAGAUAAGAAGAGAGAAGAGAAUGACAGGAAAACAGAAAAAAGCAAAGAUGAAAUGAAGAGCCGAGAACAUGAUGGAGACGAAGACGAAGGGAUGGAAAAAGAAGAACAUGGGGAAGAAGGGGAAGAAAAUUUUAGCAGAAAUGAAGGUGACAGAGAAGACGACCGAUAUCUCAGUGAAGAAGAGGAAGAGGAGGAAGAAGAAUCAGAUAGGAGUUGCGAUGACGGAGAAUGCUCUGAAGAGGACGAAGAGGAGGUCGAGUGGUACUACAAGCCUCGAGACCUAACCUCGGCUGAGAGAAAGGUCCAAGAAGUCCUCGAUGGGGAAGUUUCCAACGAGACGCAGAAGUGGAUGAGCGAGAUGAUGAAGAUUGACGAAAACGCUUACUUUCUCUUGAACGAUCUACCGGAUCUAGAUGUGAUAAUGACAGACAACCAGUUGAAUGGUUCGAACCGUGUGGUCGCUGAUGGGCUAGCCGCUGACCAGGAAUGUGGAACUCUGCUCCAACUUUUAGAUGGCGAGGCAAAGGAGGGGAACGGAUACAAAGGAAAGACAAGCCCUCAUACGAAGUAUGAAAACUUUGAAGGACUCACUGUUAAAGACGCUGUUGAUGCCGCCGGUGCCGGGCGAAUACCCCUGCUCUAUCCCACGGUCUACAUGCAUCUUGCGGAGCGGUCACGCCAGUUCGUCCAACGCCACUUCAAUCUCAAAUCCCACCUUUUCUUCUCGUAUACCCACCUCGUCUGCCGGUCCGCCGGGCCAGGUAUCUUAACGGCAUAUUCUUCCAUCAGACGCAAGGAUCUGAGUCAUCCCGUCCAUGCCGAUAACUGCCAGCUGGACCAUAAAGGUUACUGUCACAAGAGACUACCAGCGUUUGUCUGGCGAGACUGGAGUGCUAUCCUAUACCUGAAUCACGACUUUGAAGGAGGGGAGUUCAUUUUCGCCAACUUUAACAAUACACCACAGGCCCAGGUCAAUCCAAAGUGCGGGCGUCUCGUUGGCUUCUCGGCGGGAUCAGAAAAUCUACACGGCGUGAAGGGGGUGAUCCACGGGCGCCGCUGCGCCCUGGCAAUGUGGUACACGCUCGAUCCACGGUUCAGGGAAGUCGAAUUCUUCAACGCAGCUGAUCACCUAAACAUGUUGUAUGAAAAAGAAUACAAACAGCAUCAUAACUGAAAAUGAGAGAGGAGAGUUUGUUCCAUGACGUUUGCUCCAGUGACAAUUGCUCGGCUGUGAAUUCCACACACACUAAUGGAAUGACCAACUUCAACCCUGGAUGUAAAACUAUGUCCUUUCCUAUAAAACCUAACCCUAAACCUAACAUAAACCAUAUUGCAUUCUUAACCCAAACCUUAUUAUCUUUGGCGAAAUUGGCUGGAGCAUAUGUCGUGUCACCGGAGUGUUAACACGACGCAGAACAGAUUGAACAACACAGCAAAUGUAUUGAAAUGCCCAUCAAAUGACAAUGAACAGCUGGUAGGUAUUUGUUUGAAUUUGGGUGAACAUGAACGGCAGAGUUGUCCCGUGUUUCAGAGCUGACGAAAAGUUUUUAAAAUAUGUCUUUUGUCCAGUGUCCUAGACGAAACUGCCGUUUUGAUUCACCAACUUUUGACAAAUACUUCUAGGUUGUUCAUUAUCAUGAAGGGCAUUUGACAAUACAUUUUCUAUGUUCCUGACUCUGUUGUUCGUCGUGGAGCGAGAACUCCCAAUAAAUACUUCCGAAAAGAAGUGAGUACACUACUUGAUCAUGGGUACAUGCAUGUUAAAGGGGAAGAUAGCCCUGAGGAUACAUGUAAGUUGGCUUGAACAAAAGCAAAACAAUCGAAAAAAAAUGUUCAUGAAGGUUCGAUAAAGAUCCAUUGAAGAUAAAGUGAGAUAUGAUUUUUUUUUUUUUUUUUUAAUUUGUAACGUCAGAUGCAAGCAGCUCCCCCCAUAUACCACGUUAUAUAAAUUCCAAUUAGUAAUGGAACAUGAGGAAUAAGCUUUAUUUGUCUUACAGACUGGGGUAUCAAAUAUUGUACAACGCCUACUUAGCUUGUUGUACGCGAGCAAAUGGGAGGCUGAAUGUCAAACAUUCGUACCGUUGCACAAAAGACGUACCAUCCAAAAUGUACCGUUGCACGGCUUUAGGAGGUGACGUCACAAUACGAUUCAAUUCAUUGCGCUCAGUAAAAAUGCAGGUGCAAUACGCGUAUAGCCUGCUAGCUAAAUGCGCAAUGCUGCCCAAGGUGUUCGCUUGUGGGAUUUUGCUUUUCGCUUUCCAUAUUUUUGCUCCCUUUUCAUAGAUUACUGCAGGAAAAACUCUUUGUUUUUACAUAUUUUCGCUAACUUCCGAGGCGUUGUACAACACAAAUAGCGAAUAUUCUUAUUCGUGCAAUGGUGCGAGAUUUCGCAUUCGGUGAAAGAAAGAAACACUCUAUUCAACUCGGCUAACGCCUCGUUAAAUAGAGCAUCUUUCUUUCACCUCAUGCGAAAUCUCGCACCAUCGCACUCGUGCCUAUUCGCUAUUUGUAUAAUAUGUCUGAAGGUAUUUCCCCCACGCAUACGAAAAUGACAUUUUUUUUGUAAUUUGUAUCACAGAACACAUUAAACAGAAGCUGCUCGUCUAUGACAUCACAAAAUCAAAACUUUGCAAACCCAUAACUCUGUUCUUCUUUGACGGGUGUUCAUCAAACCUUCACCAUUAUUUUUCACUAUUUUAUUAUGCUUUUAUUAUAAAAACCAGUUUAUUAUCAGGGCGAACUAUCCCUUUAAUAUCUAUACAUGUAUGAUUGUGUGCUGCUAUCUUCAUAUGUUUCAUGGUCCUGAGAUAUUUUGUUACAAUGAAUUUCUUCUCUAUUCUUUCUUAGGCAAAAGGAAGCAAGUUACAAAAGUAUCAUUUGGCGUAAAUGAGCAAUGUGUGUUCAUCAUUCACAUAGACGUCAUUGCAAUUUAACAGCAUACGGUGUAUUUUCUUCAUUAUCUUUCCAUAGAACAAUCAUUUCUUCCCCAAAUUUUGCCCGAACGUGCAACAUACAAAGGGUGUUUCAGAAACAACAAUAACUCAAAUUCGACUGAUGUGUCACUUGCUUCCUUUUGCCAAAGUUAGGCAGCAUAAUUGUUGACGUCAGCAACUUGGGGAAAAGCUGAACUGAAAAGCUGAUGUGUUCUUGAACAGCGUAACCACUUCUCUUGGUUAAUGUAUGAAGUACAUGUAUAGGCCAACUCCACCUCAACAGCAAUUUAAUUUGCAUAAAACGGGAUAAACAUCAGACAAGUGCAACAUUAAAAAAUGUCAUUAAAAUCAGAUCAGGGAAUAAAGUAACAAAAAAUAUGACAUUUCAAAGUUUUGCUUGGUCUCUCAAAGCAGGAGUAUACACAUGCACUACAUGGUCAACAUGCAAAUAUAUGCAAAUAUGAUAUUUGAUGCUGCCACAUACAAUAUUUCUUUUAUGAAUAUUACUUGUACAUGUUGUUUGUAGUAUAUAAAAUAAAAUAUGAAACGCAUUUUGAUAUAUUGAAGAAUUUAUUAUUCAGAAGUUCUAAAUAUUAAUCUUAGACAAGGACAUAGGAACUUUGAAUAUAUAUAUUUAUAUCAAUAUUUUCAAAUAUUGUAGGUUUGAAAGAAGUUCAAAGGUGAUUCCUGAUAAGUAAUCAUAAACGUACAUGUACCCAUUUAAAAUGAUAUGGGAAUAUCCAAUUUACUGUAUAUCUUAUAUUUCUGAGGAGUUUUAAAAUGAAAGGAAUAUUCUAUUUUAUACAGCUGUGUGUGAACUAUGCAACGUACAGCUUGUAUUAGGGAAGUAAUAAUUAGUAUGGAUGGAACAUGAAUAUUUGAAAAUACUCCCAACUUCUUUGAUUAUGCUUAAAUUAUGAAGACAUGAAAUAUAAAACUUGUUCUAAAUCACUUAAACUAUUAAAGGUCAAAAUGUACUUGCAUAAUUGUUUAUUCAAUAUUACUUUAAUUGUAAUUUGUAUUUUUGUGUAGAUAAGAACUGGGGUCAGUAUUAACAAAAAUGUUACAUGUAUUUUAUGACAUGUACAUUCUAUGGCUGUGAAAAUAAUUUGUUUUUAAAAUAUUUUUUUUACAUUUUUUCCCAUCAGUUUACCAGGGAUACAUGUAUUUUUCAAUCAAGAAAUCAUUAAGCGAUGAAAGUAAUUUCAAGUUUAAUCAAUCAAAAUACAUCACACAUAAUGAUUAUUCUAACUAUUGCAGGGAUUUUUUUUUCUGAAUUUCAACUCUCAAAUGUGUUUUUGUACUUGCCAUAUGAGUAUUCAUCAUAUUGAUGUUUGAAAUUUUAGCAAUAUGCCACCGUUGCCUUAAACUUUUGCACAAUAAUUAUUUGUUGUGUGAAUCUUGCCAUUUGCACUGGAGGUUUUACUAAUUUUUCCGAAAAAAAAACUAUAUGCAAUUUUCUAACUAGACUGUGAUGUGCUAUAAUACAAUAAUUAUGUUCAAGUUUUUGUGUGCUUUUACAUUACCUUAUUACUCAUAGGUAUACAUCCUACGUUUUUGAUCUGGGGGCCGUUUCAUAAAGCUGUUUGUAAGUUAAGAGCGACUUUAAGAACGACUGGUGAUCCUUUCUUGUGGUAAAUGAUAUUCACCAUUAACUGUUUGUUGGUGAUUAUUUAGCGCGUAAGAAAGGAAUUCACCAGUCGUUCUUAAAUCACUCUUAACUUACGAACAGCUUUAUGAAACACUCACCUGGUGGGUGUUUCAUAAAGCUGUUCGCAAGUUAAGAGCGUCUUUAAGAACGACUGGUGAUCCUUUCUUGUGGUAAAUGGUAUAUUCAUUGGCGACUGUUUAGCGCGUAAGAAAUGACCACCAGUCGUUCUUAAAGUCGCUCUUAACUUACGAACAGCUUUAUGAAAUGGCCUCCAGGUUCCCAAUUCCGUACCAUUGAGUUUUAAUGGUUGUCUUUCUACAAUUGUUUGCAUUGGCAUCGUAUGCAAUCAUUAAAAAAAAAUCAGCUUCAUAGUCAAUUGCAACUGAAACAGAUGAGCCUUAUUUUAUGUACUUUCCGAAUAGAUGGUAUUGUAACAGGAUUUGCCAUAUAAGUGGGUAUACUUGUGGUAAAUACUGUUAAAUACUGCCUCUUGAUAAUUUUCGAGGAAAAUGGGAUAUACAUGUAGUUGCAAAUGCAGGGAAAUACUAACAAUAUAAACUGCUGGAAUAUUUUCAGGUAUUUCUCAAGCAUAUUCUCGCAAGUCCCUGUACCUACUUGUACAUCUUUGAGUACUGUACCUAUAUUUCUGGGGAAAGUUUACACCUUGUAUUAUAUACAAUUCAUAUUUUAUGAAGAGUUUUUAUAAUCGUGAUGUCGUACCAUCAAACUAUUUCUUUGGCUGCUUUUUAUGUUCUUUUUGUAUUUGAACGUAGUCGAACAGACAUAUAUGCCUGUAUUCUGAACUUAGGUUUAAAUCAAACCCUGGUUUAAAGCUGUGGUUGGGUCUAAAUUCCUAACAGCACACAUCCAAUUCAUGAACUCAUCUGAAAUUGUUCAGAACUGUCUGGGAAUUAUAAUCGAAGUGUUUUGAAGUAUACAAGUAUGUCUUCAUUUUAAAGCAACAGGAAACAAAUCAGUAAACAUAAGACAUAUACAAUAUAAACAAGAUUUUUGAUACUUUGGCUCCCCAUAAUUUUAACAGAGAGUUAGAAUGUGGUCUGAGUUAAACCUGACUUCAGAAUACGGGACACUGUGUACAUGUGUUUUUAGAUUAUAAAGUGAUAUGAAAAUUAUGAGAAUAUACUUUUAUAAUGUAUUAUAGAACAGUGUAGAUUGUCUGUAUUGUAGUGCAUUUAAUCAUAGCAUGUAGUUGAUAUUUCUUUAGAAUGAAUUAAUUUAGCUAGAGUCAUGUUUGUGCAACUGCAUAUGGCCCCAAUGAGGAUUACACCCCCCCCCCCCCCCGAAUAUUUUCCCAAAUUACAAUACAUCCAAUGUAGUCUGCAAGUACAGACCUUUGAUCUUUUGCAUAGGAAGACUAGAAAAGUGGGCUUCAUAAGCCAGGUGGUAUUUAUAGAUUAAGAUCCAGUGUUCAAGGGAAACCAGAAAAUUUGCAAGGUUUUCCUGAAAGAGGGUUAAAUCAUGUUAUCGUAACAUUUUCAUUCGUUCCAACUCUUAUCUCUUCUAAUUUUGUAUUGUAGAAUUUGUGUGUGUAAAUAAACUAUUUGUACUGUUUCUCUAA